CGCCUCGGCUCGUAUCGUACUCAUCACACAUACACAAUAGUUCGCAGCUUGUAGUGCUCGUCCUUGCCUUGUCCCUCUCUCUCCGGGGAAUCGUAGCCAAGUCCACGCGGCGCGCGUGCAUGAAGAAGAAGGGCGGCGGCGGCGGCGGGUGCCUCGGCGCGCCGAUGCGCGCGCUGUCGCGGGCGUGCGACUCGGCCUGCGACCUCUACGUGCGCGGCAUGUCCGGGUGCGCGCGCGGCGUGCCGCGGGGGUCGUCCGCGGGCAUCGUGGGGCGGGGCUUCGGCGGCGGCGGCUCCGGCGCCGCGACCCUGCGCCUCCGGGUCAGCUCGGACAAGGCCGACGACGACCUCGUCCGCGCCGCGGCAGCGGCCGCGGCCGCCAGGCGCCAGCGCCGCGUCGCGGCCGAGCCGGACACGGCGACAGCAGAGGCCCGUAAGGUGGGCAGCGCCGGCGGAGGACUGCCCGUCAGGGCGCCGCCCGCGCGGAAGAGGGCCGCUGCGGCCACCAUGGGCACCAUCGCCGAGGACGCGCCGUGCGAGUUCGUCGGACUGGACGGCGGCGGUGGCGCCUGCGCUGCUCCUGUCCCCUCGCUCAACCCGCCGCGCCGCGGGGGUUUCGUCGCCGUCAAGGCGGGGGGCGACGUCUUUGCGCGCUGACCCAUUCGGCUACGAUCGCCCUGCCACUGCAGAAUCAGCUUCGAGUCAUCCCUUAUGUCAUGGCGCCACUUUUCUCCCUCCUUCUCUCGUCUCUCUGUCUAUAGCUUGACGUGUAAAUUACUCUAGGGAUAACUACGAGAGCAGUGUAUCUUUACGAAAUCUAUGCAUGAGUGUGAUUUGAUUACCA